GCAACAUGGGGUCCAUCAGGUCCUUGGUCCUCAUGGUGUCCCUUGCACUUGUGACCCUGGUGGCUGCGGAAGGAGUUAAAGGGAAUCUAGAGAAACCAGGGGUUUGCCCAGCUGACAAUGUACGCUGCAUCAAAUCCGAUCCUCCCCAGUGUCACACAGACCAGGACUGUCAGGGGAUAAAGAAGUGUUGUUACCUGCACUGUGGCUUCAAGUGUGUGAUUCCUGUAAAGGAACUGGAAGAAGGAGGAAACAAGGAUGAAGACGUAUCAAGGCCAUGCCCAGAGCCAGGAUGGGAAGCCAAGCCUCCAGCCUUCUUCUCCACCAGGUGUCCUCAGAAAUGAUGCUGGUCCUUUCCACCUCUGGGGGUCACUCUCACCCGGCACCUGCCCCUGAGGGUCCUGAGACUUGGAAUAUGGAAGAAGAAAUACCUAACCCCACCAAGGAAAACUUGAUCUUGAAGUCCUUUUCCCCAAAAAGAGGGAAGAGUCACAGAGUCCAGAUCCCAGAGACUGUACUUUCCCUCUCUACCUGGUGCUCCUCCCCGACACUCAUGAGUAGACCUCUCGUGAAUGAGAUCAGUGCCCUUAUAAGAGACCCCAAAGAGCUGCCUUGCCCAUCUGCAAUGUGCAAUUGCAGCUAGAAGGUGCUGUCAGAGAUGAGAAACUGGACCUCGCCAGAUGCUGAAUCUGCUGGUACCUUGGCCUUAGACUUCCCAGCCUCCAGAACUGUAAGAAAUAAAUAUUAGCUGUUUAUAAGCCA